UGAAUCACCCUGUUGUCGCCAACAGUAAUAUUGUGCUAUUGAUAUUUUAUCAUCACUAGCCGGUCGUAAUUUACUCGUCGGUUUUGUUUGUUCAAUUUGCUCACGGUGAUCAUCGACGUCAGAACCCGCAAAAAAUGGCAACAGAGGGACAAGUUAUUAAAUGUAAAGCUGCCGUAGCUUGGGAAGCCAAAAAACCUUUGGUUAUUGAAGAGAUCGAAGUGGCUCCACCCAAAGCCCAUGAAGUACGCAUUAAAAUAACUGCCACCGGUGUGUGCCAUACGGAUGCCUACACAUUGGGUGGUUUUGAUCCUGAAGGUAUUUUCCCCGUCGUUUUGGGUCACGAAGGUGCCGGCAUUGUUGAGAGUGUCGGUGAGGGAGUUACCAAGUUCAAACCCGGCGAUCAUGUUAUCCCCACAUACAUUCCGCAAUGUGACGAGUGCAAAUUCUGCAAGAGUACCAAAACUAAUCUGUGCCAGAAGAUUCGUGUUACUCAGGGUCAAGGUGUAAUGCCUGAUGGUACAUCACGUUUUACUUGCAAGGGUAAAACUGUUUAUCAUUUUAUGGGUACUUCGACUUUUUCGGAAUACACCGUCGUUGCUGAUAUCUCGUUGGCUAAGGUUGAUGAAAAAGCUCCUCUGGACAAGGUUUGCUUGCUAGGCUGUGGCAUUCCUACUGGUUAUGGUGCCGCUCUCAAUACCGCCAAGGUUGAACCCGGUAGUACUUGUGCCAUUUGGGGUCUAGGCGCUGUAGGUUUGGCCGUUGCCUUGGGCUGUAAAAAGGCUGGCGCCUCGAAAAUCUAUGGCAUUGACAUUAAUCCCAGUAAAUUUGAAGUUGCCAAGAAAUUCGGUGUUACCGAUUUCAUUAAUCCCAAGGAUGUUGAAGACAAGGGACCCAUACAAAACUAUUUGAUUGAUUUAAUGGAUGGUGGUUUCGACUACACUUUCGAAUGUAUUGGCAAUGUGAAUACCAUGCGCGCCGCCUUGGAGGCCACUCACAAAGGCUGGGGAACAUCGGUUAUUAUUGGUGUUGCCGCCUCGGGACAAGAAAUCUCAACACGUCCCUUCCAAUUGGUUGUUGGACGCACAUGGAAGGGUUCAGCUUUUGGUGGCUGGAAGAGUAGCCGUGAUGUGCCCAAAUUGGUUGAAGACUAUAUGAAGAAGGAUUUACUGGUCGAUGAAUUCAUUACUCACACCAUGCAAUUGGAUAAGAUCAAUGAAGCCUUCGAUUUAAUGCAUGAGGGUAAAAGUCUACGUAGUGUGGUAUAUUUCCAUUAAGAAUUGGGAAUAUAAAAUCGCCAACUAACUACAAGCAUUUUGAUAUAGAAUAAGCUUUUCAUAGAAAACAGCCAAAAUAAAAGUGAUUAAACGUUUUGGUGUUUAACACUAGAACCAUAAAAAA